GGCGGCCCCGCACCGCCCUCCUCGCCCCCCUGUGCACCCCCGGGCCCAUAUUAACGGCCGCUGAGAGGCGGAGGUUCCGCAGCGGGCGGUGGCGCCGGGCCAGCACGAUGCCACGUUCGUUCCUGGUGAAGAAGCACUUCUCGGCCAGCAAGAAGCCUAACUACAGCGAGCUAGAGAGCCAGACCGUGCUGGCUGCCCCGCUGCUGUAUGAGACGUGCACCCUGUCUGUCAUCCCCCCACCCGAAGUGCUGGGCCCCGGUGCCUACUACCCACCGCUGGUGUGGGAUGCGGGGCUGCUCUCCAGCCUCUUCCCAGCCGGCCUGGGCACCGAGGCAGAGGCACCAGGCGAUGCGGCACCAGCCCUGGACCUGACGACACUCUCCAGUGAGGAGGAUGAGGGCAAGAGCUCGGGGCCGCCCAGCCCGGCCUCGGCCCCUGCUGCUGCUGAGCGGUUCCGCUGUGCCCAGUGCGCCAAGGCCUACUCCACCUUCGCUGGGCUCUCCAAGCACAAGCAAUUGCACUGUGAUGCUCAGACCAGGAAAUCCUUCAGCUGCAAGUACUGCGAGAAGGAGUACGUGAGCCUGGGGGCUCUCAAGAUGCACAUCCGGAGCCAUACGCUGCCCUGUGUCUGCAAGAUGUGCGGCAAGGCCUUCUCCCGGCCCUGGUUACUGCAGGGCCACAUCCGCACACACACUGGUGAAAAGCCCUUUUCCUGUACGCACUGCAACCGGGCCUUUGCUGACCGCUCUAAUCUGCGCGCCCACCUGCAGACCCAUUCAGAUGUAAAGAAGUACCAGUGCAAAACCUGCUCCCGGACUUUCUCCCGCAUGUCGCUGCUGCACAAGCACGAAGAGACGGGCUGCUCAGGGGCACACUGAGGACCAGCACUCCCUUUCCAUGCAAAUACAUGUAUUGUACCUAGUGUUUGUAGGAGUUAGUUUCCUCCGUGCUGCCGUUGCCACACAUCUUGGACCGUACACAGCCACAAGACAUGCAUGCUCCUCAUCCUGUGCUCCUGUGCAACCUCAAGGCCCGAUCCUGCUCCCAUUCGGACAUCUUUGGGUGCAGGGUGGACUCCCAUGGGUGACACCAUGAGGCCUGGAGCACAGCAGCACCUCGCAGGUGGCACUGCACCCUGGCAUGUCACCAGUGUUGGGCAUUGCAACUGCGUAGCUCUGGGGGUUGCUUUUAUUUUUUUCUUUUUUUCUCUUUUUUUACCACAACCACUUGGUAAUUUCUAAGAACUCAUAUUUUCUUUAAUGAAGGACAAAGUGUUAACACAACCUCUUUCCCUCUGCCUCGAUUGUAUAUAAGCUGCCAGUAGAAGAUGUAACUAUGCAAUAAUACAGUAUCACAUUAGUUGUGAAGCAGCUGCUUCUCCCCAGCACAAUGACAAUUUGCAAUGCCUACAAGAUUAACGGUGUCCAUAAAAGGCAUUGGUAGCUAUUUCAAACAAGAAUCCUGUUUACAGAGCAGCUAUGCACUCAAGCACCUGUUAAUAUGACUCUUAACAACUGCUUUUCAAAGAGGACUGUGACUAAUAGCCGGCACUUGUCAGCUGAUACAAUGGUGGCCUGUCCAAAGGCUGCCCACCGACAGGUGUGUGCCAGAAGUGCUAUUUAUGGUUAUUGACAGGUGCCUCCUGAAUGCGUCUCUUUGGACAU